UGCAGGAGCUGCAGAGCAGCUGACUGUUGACAAACACACGAGAAGAGUUAGGGUCAAAACAGGAUCGUUUUACCUCAAACUGAAGAAGCUUCGCGUCGGCCCAGGCUCGCUGAGUCCCCUGCAGCCCCUAUGAUCCUCCAGGCAUGGCAGAGAGACAGGACAAUGAGGUGGAGGAGGCCGACCACAUCUACCUGCUCAUGAAGGAGGACUACAGGAUCUCCAGGAAUGUCCGCCUGGCCUGGUUUCUUGGCAAACUCAACCAAGUCGUCUGGCCCCCCUCCAUACCUGAAGUUCUGAACUCUGAGAAUGAGCUGGACCUGCUGAGCGUCCUGCCUAAAGGAUGGCAGCCGGGGUCGCCCCCCCCCACCUCCCCCUGCGUCCUGAUGCCCUGCACGCGGGCCACCUUCCUGGCCCGCCGGUACCGCUUCAUCAUCGAGCUGGACCUCAGCCCCUCCACGGGCAUCGUGGACGACAGCACCGGGGAGAUGAUCUUUGACGAGGUCUUCCACGCCUUAUCCAGGUGUCUGGCCGGUCUGGUCCAGCCCUUCAGAGUCCCUGGAACCGAGCACCUUUUCCAGCCCAAGAUUUUCAUCACUAUCUUGGCGUAUUCUUCAAUUAUUGGCAUCACUUCGCAUCAGGUUCUGGUCCAGGGAUGUCAGCUGGAUAAGAUCGACCUGACAGAGUUCUUGUACCACAUCUACCAGCAGCUCCGAGCCCUGGAGAGCAACAUCGCAGAAGUCCUGCAUCAGCAGCAAGAGCAGCCCAGCUCCAGUCCCCAUGGCAACAGCGUGGAGGAGCAGCCUCCCAGGAAGCCGGCCAUGUCCAUGGUGUCGGCCGACAUGGGUCUGGUCAGCAUGGUCCGCCAGGGCAUCCUGGCCCUGCAGCUGCUGCCCGUCAACUCCAGCGCAGGAAUCAUCAUCAUCACGGAUGGAGUGACGAGCGUCCCUGACGUGGCCGUGUGUGAGACGCUGCUGAACCAGCUCCGGAGUGGAACCAUCGCCUGCUCCUUCGUGCAGGUGGGGGGUGCGUACUCCUACGACUGCAGCUUCGGCUACAUCCCCAACGUGGAGCUGAUGAAGUUCAUCUCCCUGGCCACCUUUGGUUCCUACCUGCCCAGCUGCCCGGAGGUGGACCAGAACAGCCAGGACAUGAACACCUACCACCGGGCCUUCCUCACCUACUCCUUCCUCAAGACCCCCGAGUCCCUCAACUCCGAGUACUUCUGUGUUUCCCAGCACAAGCUGUUCAACGAGCACCUGGUGUCGGCCAGCGGGAACCCGUCGCUGGUCAUGAGGAGGAAGAAGCACACGGAGAAGGAGGUGCACGCUCACCUGGUCAGCGUGGUGUCGGUGCGGCUGAGGGAGGGCUACACCAUCAGAGACGUCAGCCUCACCAAAGGUGGGACUCAGCUGGAGGUGAAGCUGGUUCUGUUAUGGAAACACAACAUGCAUAUCGAGUACCAGGCGUGUGCGGCCUGGCCGCUGGAGCCGUCCAAGCGCAGCACCAGGGUGGAGGUGACCAUGGAGGGCAGCUACGACAUCCUGCACGACAUCAGCUGCACCCAGAGGAAGCCCAUCACCAGCCCGUACCGCACCUCCGUCAUCCGCCGCUUCUGGAACACCCUGCAGAGCAUCAACCAGACGGACCAGAUGUUGGUGCACCUGCAGUCCUUCAACUCCAUCCCUGAGAACUACAUGAUCCCAGAGAGCACCAAGAAUGGAGUCCCCCUGUUCUACAUCCCCCCCGGAUCCACCACCCCGGUCCUGUCCUUACAGCACAGUGGGUCCAAAGACUCGUCCCAGUCCCAGUUUGCGUCCUACUGGAAGCCCAUCCUCUCCAUGGACACCAACUUCUGGCAGAGAUGGCUGCACAUGCACCGCAUCACCAUCCUCCUGGAACACGACCUGCCGGUCCCCAAACACCUGCACACAGCUGGAAACAACGGGCGCUACAGCACCAUCCAGUGUCGCAUCUCUCACUCGGCCCUCACGUCCCUGCUGAGGGACUGCAGCAGCUUCGUGCUGGUGGAGGGAUACUCCUACGUCAAGCUCAUCUACAGUUCACCGGAGCAGCCUCCCACUUCCUUCUACCUGGUCCGGGUCAUCUCCAAGACACCCUGCAUGGUCCUGCGUCUGGGUUUCCCCAUCGGAACGCCCGCUUAUGUUCGAAACAAGAUUGUGGACGAGCUGCGGGAGCAGAUCCUCAAGCUCCGCUUCCCUCACCGCGUCCAGAACAAGGAAGCAACACCGAAGAUCAAGAGGAAGCUGGUGGGCCACGCGUCUCCGUCCAAGUCCCCGUCCCUCCCCGCGGGGAAGCCCGCCCUGUCGGACCGGCCCUGCGUGGUGGUGCUCAGCAAGCCCCUGGAGAAGCUGCUCAUCAGGUACGACAAGCUGCCGCUGGACUUCAGGACUCCCUUCAUCCUGAGCAUGGAGAACUUCCUGCUGCCGUCCAACAGCGCGCUGCCCCUCAGCAUGGCGGCCAGCCGCACGGCCUCGUCCACGCUGGCCUCGCUGUCGCGCUACUUCCUGCAGCGGCGCUGGGUGUGGGCCGUGCAGAGCAGCCAGGGCCCGGCCGUCACCAUGCAGGCCGUCGCUCACAUCCUGUCCAUGCUCUCCGAGAUCCGUGUAUCUGAAGGCUUUCACUUUGCCGCUAGCGGUGACGGCAUCAUAAACAUGGUGAUGGAACUGCCGGUCAAGGGCAUGUCGGGGGACACGGACAGAGAGAGACACUCCUGCAUCGUCCAGUACAUCCUGUUUCCACCUCACUCCACGUCCACCAAGGACAGCUUCUCCACAGACGAGGACAACGACACGGAGGUGGAGGCGGUGGAGAUGGACGGAGAGCUGAACCUGGUGACGGAGUGCUGGGUGGAGCCGCAGAGCGGCACGGUGAUGAGCUGCACGGAGCAGCACCGGCACCUGGAGGGCCUCACGUACCGGGAGAUCCCCCAGGCGAUCUUCCCGCGGGAUCUGGCCUGCAUGUCCACCAUGAUGACGUUUGAGUAUCUGAGCCAGCUGUGCCAGAAUAAAGAGCAGCCGUGUUCACUACCAGCUGGACUCAAGGACCUGCACGGAGACGUCCAGACCUCCGAGGACAGCAUCCACAUGGUUCCUUUCCAGUUCGACCUCAUCCAGCUGCUCCCCAACUGCCAGCAGGUGGAGCUGUUCUUCCUCACCUUCAGUGCAGCUGUGGAGAACGAGGAGCAGGUUCCCAGCUCCACCUGCCUGCCCAACGAGCUGCUGCUGGGCCUGUUCCACGGCAGCCUGGAGCACGAGCUCAGCGACCGGGAGAUUCCCCUGGCGGCCACGGACCACGCCGCCUUCAUGCACCACAUCUUGCAGCGAGAACGAGACGGCCACGGUGCUCCGUUCAGUUUACCCGUGAUCAAAGAGGAAUGUUUGAAACCUGCGGACAGACAGGACACCAUGACGUCCUUCCACACCAGCAUCAGCAGCAAAGACGUGAUGGGAUCUACCAGCACUCUCCAGAGUUUCAGUAACGAGGAGCUGGUGGAUGAAGAGCAGCUGCUGCUGGAGAGGAGCUGCUCCACCCCUCAGUGGAGAUGCUACGCCAAGUACAUCAGCUCCCAGCAGCUCCUCCUCACCUUCCUGCCCGCUACCUUUGCAGACGUGCUGAUGUUGAUGGCGUCAUCAGUGGAGACGGAGCCUCUGGGAAACACCAGCAUGAAGGAGGACAGCACUCUGACUCCCAGCAUCUCCCUGUCAGACUCCACCGGCCUCAGCCCGGCCACCAAGCUGCCCUGGAGCUCCAGCGGAGGCCCGGAGAGGUCCGAGCUCGGCCCGGAGAGGUCCGAGCCCGGUCUCAGCCCGGAGAGGUCCGAGCCCGGCUUCAGCCCGGCCACGGAGCUGCGGCGGAGCUCCACCGGAGGCCCGGCCUCCACCAGCUCUCCGGUCCUCUCCCCCCUGCCGGAGGGCCACACGGGUCUCACGGGGCUGGACCGGGACUGCCUUGAGGGGAAACCCCCGUCCGCCUCAGAUGUGGGAGAGAAAGAGGGAGUCCAGUUUUCUGAACCCCAGAAGGAAGACUUGCACAUGAGCUUCAGCCGGCAGGUUUCCCAGCAGAGCGGCGGCGAGGGCAGCCAGUUCCGGUGCCCCGUGUACGUGUACAACUGCUCCCUGGAGCAGCUGAAGGAGCAGCUGGUGCACCCCAGCUCCAGCUCCAGCUCCUGCUCCAGCUCCGGCUCCGGCUCCAGCUCCAGCCGCCAGCCCAGGGACAUCUUCUUCAGAAGUCCCGAUGCUGCAUCCUGGGAGGAGGUGAAGCUGAGGUCCCUGUCCCAGGACCGCAGCUCAUCCCCCUGGACCGACCUGCUGGCCCAGCCGCACAAGCACAAGGACCUGGCCAGCUACUGCAGCCUGCUGCAGGAGCACUACCACCAGAGCUACGUGAGAGGUGUGUACCGCAGCCUGCAGCAGUCCUACAGCAUCAGCUCUCAGGACGUCCUGCUGGCCAUGGACUACUGCGAGGAAUCGCUGCAGGAGAUCGACAUCACCUCCUUCCUGCAGACCCUCUGUGGACACAUCAGGGUCUUCAGGGAGAGCGCCGCCGCCCCAGGACCCAGGGGAACCCCCAAACCGGGAAGAACCCCCUCCGCCUUCAUCACGCGAGAGGCUGAGGACGAGCAGGCAGACGGCAAAGCAGCAGUCGUGUCCUCGUCCAGCAGCAUGGACAUGGAGGAGCCCGGGGAGGCUGAAUCCAGGGGGGGGACGUCCGCUCCCACAUCUCCCCCCGGCCGCCAGGAGGAGGCCAGGAUCCUGCAGUUCCCCCUCAGCCUGCUGCAGACGCAGCCGCGCCGGGACACGUGUCCGGAUCUGCACAGCGUUGUCCAGGAUAAAUUUGUGGAGAUCCUGUCUCAGUUCUUCAGGAGUGUUCCCUCCAACCCACACUACUUCUUCUACUGUCCAUCAACAUCCAGGAAGGAGGAGGACUCGGAGGAUGGCGAUGCAGAGAGGAGGCCCACUGAGGAGUCGGUGUCAGAGGCUGAGCCUGCAACUGAAGAUGAGAACGCAUCCAGCUCCGUCCUGACGGAGAGCGACACCGACCUGGUGGUGGAGUACGAGGAGCAGCUUGGCUCCAGCUCCCACGGAGAGGCUGAGGACCGCUCGCUGUCAGACUCCAACACCGUCAACCAGGACCAGGACUCCUUCAGCAUCCUGGACGGAGACUCCCUGCUGGAGCAGGAGGCGCCGCAGCUCGACAUGCCCCCGCUGUUCGUGCACGUCACCUGCUCCGUGAACGUGAAGAGCAGCCACGGCUCCAUGCCCAUACGGACGCUGCCCACCUGCCUCGGUGAGAUCUUUUCGUGCCUGGAGAACGCUGACACCUUACAGUCUGUGGAUCUGAACGAGCUCUCAGUCACCUUAGACAUCUUCGUCCUGACGCUGCCCCUGGAGAUCGAAGUCAUGGCCGACUUCCACCACAACAGGUACACGUCGGAGAGCAGCGUGUCCCUGAACCGCUCCCCGGGGCAGCCGUCCUCCUACCGCUCUGACGAGGAGCUGAUGGCCGUGCUGGACAGUCUGAGAGGAGCCGGGGUGGACGGGGUCUCCGGGGACACCUUGUCCAAACUCCCACCUCCUCACAAGCUGGCUGUUCUCACCACCAUGGACGAGAUCCGCUGGCUGCUGGAGGAUGAGAUCGUCUCUGCUCUGCGGCACUCGCGGGUCAUCGGCUCGGCCACGCUGAGGAAAGUGGCGGAUCACGUGUUCCGCUCCGGCGGCCGACCCCACUGCCACUGCGAAGACGUCCCGCUGCAGUUCGUCUUCGGGCCCGAGCUGUCUCUGGAGAAGUUCAAGGAGGAGUUCCGCAGAAUGUCGUUUUCCGGCUACGCUUUGAACACGGAACAGGACAGCUUCUACUACGUCUCCAUGAAAAGACUCCACGCCCGGUCCAUGCUGGUCCCCAAGAGACUGGUGGAGGGGCCGGCGGCCCCCUCCCGCCCCCCCGAGCCCUACGGCCCUGGAGGAGACCUGGAGGCCGCCGUGCAGCAGAGUGAAGCCGACCCUCGGCCCGACAGCCAGAGCGAGGACAGGAAGUCCUCGGGCCUCGCCGCUGAUGCUUCCCCCGACGUGACGACAGAAGCCAGUGACCCGACGAGAGCCUGUAAACCUGAAGCAGAGGACACGGCCAGCGUGGCGGGGGACAGAUGUCAGCCCAGCGCCCUCCAGCUCCAGAACAAAUGCUGCACGGAGCCCGGCUCCCCCCCGAAGACGAUGACCGGCGUCAGCCUGGCCGAGUCCGAGCACUCCGCCGCUCACAUGUGCAGCAAGCUGCGGCCCAGCCGGGUGCAGAGCGUGGUCUCCAGCCAGGGCAGCAUGGACUCCGACAUGCAGGGUUACGACGGCGGCAGCAGCGACUCUGAGUGCGAGAGCCCCACCCUGGACGAGCAGGAGGUCCAGCCCCCGCUGAUGCCCGACUUCUGGCUCAUCAUCAAGAUCCACCAGGACCGGGUGAAGGUCUACUCCCACGCCAGAUGCUUCACAGGAGGAAAGGAGGACAAUGCAGAUGAGCUGGAGAAGAAUGAGGAGGAGGAGGAGCUGCCAGAAUACCUGCAGCUGCACCAGAUGGUGGUCAGAAAGAUCGGGGAGAUCUGCAGAUACGUCAACCAGCGCAUGCUGCUGCAGGACCUGCACGACAGCCACGUGUGCAACUCCCUGCUGGUGGCCGAGAGCGAGGAGGACCUCUGGAAGAACGAGUCUCUCUACAGGCAGCGGCUCAACGCCUCCGACGACUACAGCACGGAGGAGAGCUACCCAGCCAGGGACUACCUGGCCGCCACCAUGCAGUUCAUCCCAGGACACUUUGCCUGUGACGUGGUGUGGAGCACCAUCAUCCACAUCCACCCUCGCCUCAAGAUGGGGCCCAACAUGGGCGUGUCCAGAGCCAUCCAGGCCCUGCGCUCCGUGCUCAACCCUUUCUGCGUGGUGAACAGGAAGAACAUGUUCGUCUACCAGGAACGCACCACCAAGUCAGUCUUCUACCUCAGACUCUGUGAAACCUCACUGACAGGCAAGUACUGCGACGCGGAUAAAAACCUCCACGUGACCCGAUCCGUGGGGCUGGCGAGGAGCCAGGAGCCUUCGUCUGCCGAAGACGCUGCGAGCUCCAGGUCGUCUUUGGAGGGUUCUCGUCCAGUUGGACAAGUAGACAAGCACAUCCUGCUGCACGUGCACGGAGUGGGAAGUGCAGGUCCAGAGAUCACAGACGAGCUGCUCAAGGUGCUGCGGAAGCGUCUGGACGAGACCACCCUGGACAUGAUCACGCUCAUGCUGGUCCGGAACUGCAAGCUGACCCCGGCCGACGUGGAGUUCAUCCAGCCAUCCGGGUCCUCGGCCACGGAGACCAUGGUGUUCAGCCUCCCCCAGCACGGGCGGGCCCGGCUGGCCGCCGUGGCCCACUACCUCCGCCAGAACCUGCUCAUCUUCCUGCACCUGCCCAAGUACACCGACAGCAACACGGCACACCACUUCAAGCACUACUUUCACCUGAGCAGCGACUUGGCCGAUGGAGACAUCUACCUGUACAACAAACCCGGAGGCCAGGGAACCGGAGGGAAAGGCAUCGCGUGCAUCGCCCUCUCAUUUGUGGACGCCCUCAGUCGGCCUCUUCAGGUGGCAUCUCAGGACUGCUCUGCACUUCAGAGGUCGGGCGUCUGCACCAUCCUCCUCCAUCCAGACCGCUUUGACGAGCUGACAGCUGUGGCUAAAGUAGAGGCCAUCAACAUCACCCCCCCAUCAGAGCCACAUCUGUACGUGCGCUUUGACAUCUGGGAACAGGGCAACGUCAGCCCCCUGCAGCUGAGUGACAAGCUGCAGGGGGCGCUGCGCCACGCGCUCUGCGACGUCGUCAUGGAGCUGCAGGUCCUGCCAAACCCUCUCUGCCUGGGAGUCCCGGCGAGCAAAUCUCCCAGAGAGGAGGUGAAAGGGCCGCUGGUGUCUCUGCCGGAGGUGAAGGAGGUGAAGGAGGUGAAGGACAGCCCCAGGCAGCGCAGCGGCUCCAGGGUGUUCAAGAGCAGCCCGUCACCCAUCACUCUGACCCAGACCCCGGGGGGCCCCCCUGUGGCCGGGACCAGCACACCUGAGUCCACCACCCCCACCAGCAAGAGCACCCGCCGGAGCUUCUGGGACAUACUGAGUAAACCUGACUCGGGGGAAAUCGGAAGCCCCAAAACCACGGACGACAUCGUGCAGGAGAAGGGAGAGGAGGGUCGGGCCGUCCGGCGCAGACACAAGACGGAGAACGUGAAGCAGCAGUGGAGCCAGGAGAAGGCCCUGGCGGUGGAGCUGGAGCAGGUCCAGAGGAGACAGGUGUCUCAGCUGGAAGAGGGGGACGUGGGGACGCUGCACCCCGUUUACCAGGAUACCUGCCAGCCUUGGAUCCUGUUCAUGGCCAAACACGGCUGCCCCUCCAUCCAGCAGUGCACGGCUGAGGUGGCAUCCCACUUCCUGCUGCCGUCCGUCCUGGCAGAGGUCGUCAGCCUGGUCAGCUCUCUGGCCAGCGAUACGGCCGUCAAGGCCUUCCAGAAGACCAGCUGCCCCCCGUCCGGAGACGUGUUUGCCCCGUUCCCUCUGGUCCAGAGCUUCAGCCAGCCCCCAGACACCACCAGGAGCUUCAUUCUCAUCGGCCGCAACUUCCACCAGUGGCACUGCAGCACGGAGCAAGACGACAGUUCAGAGGAGGAAAGCUCGCCAGGGCUAAAUAGGUUCACACCUCACAAGGGCUUCCAGCGCUUCGAGGCUCUGGAGCAGGCUGAUUGGGCCAGUGCUAGCCCGGCCGGGCCGGGGCCGGCCCCUCGCCAGAGGUUCCUCUUCAUCAGCAUCCUCAACAAAAAGGUGACCCUGUACAGCUACAACUGGUCCGUGGAUCUGGGGGCCUCUCUGAACCGGGAGCUGCUGCGUCUGGUCCAGUGGCAGAACGCCCGGGCCCACGUGGCCCACUGCCUCUUCAACCAGAAGAUGGGCCUGUUCCACCACUACUGCUUCUCUGACUCCCCCAUCCACGAGUGCUCCAAACAGGAUCCCAACCCGUUCCUGAACCCGUCCAUGGAGCCGGACGCGCUGCUGCGGAGCGCCGUCCCUCCCCUGGUCAGUAAGGAGCAGGGCCGGCUGGGCAGCUCGGGCCGCAGCCUGGCCCCCCUGCACUUUCCCUCCGAGCUGCUGCCCUUCGACGAGGCCCUGCGGGACAUCUGCACCAUCCGGCCCCUGAUGGAAGGAGACGUGGUGGCCCGGCACGGAGGACAGCUGCUGGAGAUCAAGGCCGCCGAGCGCAGAGAAAUGGAGAAGCAGAUGAAGAUAGAGAACCUGUUUGUGACGUGGCAGCAGAGGUCGGCUCAGUCCAACAUGCCCAUUUCAGCCACAGACCUGGAGAUCCUGAAGCAGUCGUCCAGGCUGGUCCACUACUGCGCCACCCCUCUGCUCUUUGACCCCGUGUUCCGCAAGCAGAUCCAGGAGGAACAAACCAACCAGCUGCUGGGGAAGAAAAGGCACCGCUCCAGUGACUCUGCCACGUCCGGCCGAGACCGGAGCUACAGCACGGACUCAACGGAGAUGUUUCCCAGCCGCCUGAAGGAAGAGCCGUGGCUGCUGGAGAUCUCCAACAACUUCCUGCAGCAGUACGUCCAGUACCUGCAGAGCAUGGGCUUCAUCCUGGUGCAGGUCCGGCCUCAGUCUCCAGCACGCAGCAUCGCCCGGAACCGUGCCGCCAUGCUGAGCUCCAUCUCCCUGGAGGGACGGAUGUCUUUCUCCUACGUGAGACACAAGAGCGAGGACAGCCCCAAGGCGGCGCCACCUGGAACCACAGCGUAUCACCUGCAGAGGGCGCUGCCAGGAGGAAUCGUGCUGAUGGAGCUGGCGUUUCAGGGCUGUUACUUCUGCGUGAAGCAGUACGCUCUGGAGUGUUCCCGCAUCCCCAUGGGCCAGUCCGUCAACUCGCAGGGCAGCCUCACCACCAAACCUCGUUGCAAGCCGUUUCCAGAUGCCACCCCAGUAUCUGACUGUGCGCUGUCCAUGCUGUUCACGGAGGAGUGUGACAAGGUGCGGGACCUGAUGCACGUGCACUCGUUCAGCUACGACUUCCACCUGCGGGUGGUGCACCAGUACCUGGUGGGCUGCCACAUGACGCUGCGCCAGGGCUACCAGCUCACAGACUUCCUGGACGACUUCAUCUCACACCACCCCGACAUCCCCAAGUUCGGACGGAACCACGUCUUCCAAGCAGGGAGCUUCUCCAUCUCCACGGGGAUGAUAACGGCCCACCAGCUCUACAACUACAUCACGGAUCACGCCAGCACCUACGGGAUGAAGCCUCUGCGGAUGUCCCGGUCUGCAGCUGCUGCCGACAGCAAGAAGGGCCCGCCGGACCUGCACGAGUACGCCCUGGUGGACCUGUGGAACAGCUCGGGCUCCUACAAGGACCUGGAGGGCGUGAACCACCACGACGACUUCGACGUGUCCCUGGUGGUGUGUCACAACGCCGCUCCCUUUGAGGAGCAGCUGGACGGGGAGAGGCAUCUGCUGCGGUUGCGCUUCUACGUGAUCAUGACGAGUCAGAGGGAGCUGUUCCCCCGCCUCACGGCCGACAUGCGGCGCUUCAAGAAGCUUCCUCAGAUCUACCGGGAUCCCGGCGAGGCGGGGGCUCGGCCCCCCCAGGACCGGGCAGAAGCCCCCAGCUCCCGCGGGGACGAGCAGGACCUGUGGGAGGAGACGUCCUCCCAGGCGUCCUCCUGCUCCGCCCCCACCGACGGGAACGAGUUCUACCCGCUGGCGGGCUGCCGGGCCGAGGCCCAGGGGCUGCUGUAUGCCUCGCCCCUGUUCCCGCUGCUCACCAACGAGGUGGCGGCGGCCCGCCGCCAGAUCCAGGCCAGCGUGGAGCAGGCCAUGGCCCACUGCCGCAGGGACAACCUGUGGAGGAGGCUGUUCCACGGGGAGCACGUGGCCCUGGACAAGCUCAAGCUGGCCAAGCUGGCCUUCCCAGAGCUGGAGGAGCUGCUGGAGGCCGUGCACAGCCGCUCCAUCGGGGAGAUCGACCCGCAGCUGGACUGUUUCCUCACCAUGAGCCCGGCCUGGUACCAGAGUCUCAUCAAGGUCCUGCUGAACCGCUUCCCUCAGAGCUGCAGACACUUCGACGACAGCGGCAUCCAGUACCUGGCCGUCCUGAACCAGAAGUUCACCGACUGCUUCGUCCUCGUCUUCUUGGACAACCAGGCUGGAAAAACGAGCUUAAAGGUGGUGUUCCGGGAGGCGCUGCCGUCAGCGCCGCAGGCCGGCACCAGCCCCCCCCCCCAGCUGGUGUCCAUGUACCACCACCUGGAGUCCGUCAUCAACACGGCCUGCUACAACCUGUGGACCGGGCUGCUGUAGAGCUGGCCGGGCCCGGCACUCGCACCCGGACCGGCUCCAGGACCGACCCGCUCCAGGAGCUUCUCCUGCUUCGUUUGGGGUCAAAGAAUUCCAGUUUCCGCUGGUUCUGCCACAUCUGUCUCACAUCAAACAUAACGAAGCAGGUGACUUUAAAAGGACGCCUGGAUGAGACAACUUCUGUUGUUUCCAGGGGCCGGGUUCCUGGACCCCUGGGUUCCUGGGUGGGUUCCUGGGUUCCUGGGUGGGUUCCUGGACCCCUGGCCUCCUGGUGGGUGGCUGAUCCGGCGUGCGGCGAGUGUAAUCCGACCCAAACGAAGGCUAGUCUUAGUUGAGUUCCUGUCCCAUCAGCUGCUGGAGACACCGAGCUCCCGGACGUCCGUCUGGAAGGUGAAGGUGCAGCAAGAGACCACGGUGACCUUUGACCUGCUCCACCAGGGAACCGUCACGUGUCUCCAUAGCAACCUCCAGCUGCAGUGAAUGUUAGUGUCGUGAUGUUGUGCCUUCAGACGGUAACCAGGUGUUUCUGUGAGGAAGCUGAGAGCUGCAUGUGGGAGAGGGGGGGUUAAUGAUAGCUUUCACUCUGCCAGAUUUGGUGCCAUGAAGUGCCUUUCUGUUGUUUUUGCAUCGUUUACUUUCACAUGAAGUGAUACUGUUGCUGCUGCGGCGGCUCUGCAGAUGCUCUGCGACUCGUGCCUGACGCAAUUUAGAAAGCUCUGAAUGAUUUUUAAAGAGGAAAAGGUUCUUUUAACGUGCUACAUGCAGGACUGCAUGUGAGAGAAGACGGUUGGAGGCGCUGCAGGGAACCGCUGCAGGGAACCGCUGCAGGGAACCGCUGCAGGGAACCGCUGCAGGGGGCUGCUGCAGGGAACCGCUGCAGGGAACCGCUGCAGGGGGCUGCUGCAGGGAACCGCUGCAGGGGCCGCUGCAGGGAACUGCUGCAGGGGGUCACUGCAGGGAACCGCUGCAGGGAACUGCUGCAGGGGGUCACUGCAGGGAACCGCUGCAGGGAACUGCUGCAGGGGGUCACUGCAGGGAACCGCUGCAGGGAACUGCUGCAGGAACCGCUGCAGGGAACUGCUGCAGGGGCCGCUGCAGGGAACCGCUGCAGGGAACUGCUGCAGGGAACCGCUGCAGGGGCCGCUGCAGGGAACCGCUGCAGAGGCCGCUGCAGGGGCCGCUGCAGGGGCCGCUGCAGGGAACCGCUGCAGAGGCCGCUGCAGGGGCCGCUGCAGGGAACCGCUGCAGGGAACCGCUGCAGGGAACCGCUGCAGGGGCCCGCUGCAGGGAACCGCUGCAGGGAACCGCUGCAGGGGCCGCUGCAGGGAACCGCUGCAGGGAACCGCUGCAGGGAACCGCUGCAGGGAACCGCUGCAGGGGGCCGCUGCAGGGAACCGCCACUCCUCCACCAGGGGGAAACCCAGCGGGCUCUGUGAGGUCCCAAACCAGGACAUCCAGACCCCGCUGGGAACAAGAGCCUUGUCGUCCUCAAGCACAACGUGAGCCUGUAAACUAACUGACUGACUGAUGUAUAUUGUGUACAUACAGAAUACUUUAUAGUGUGAAAUGUUGAAUAAAGCAGCUGAAUGAAA